CACGGCCGUGGCCAUGGCUCCCGCGCUCCUGUUUCUCUUCGCGUUCGCGCUGCUCGGAGGCCUCGGCCGGGCCCAGGAUUUCGACCUCUCGGACGCGCUCGACGAACCGAAGAAGCCGACGGCGCCGCCCAAGAAGCCUCCACAGUCGGGCGGAGACCUGGACCUGAGCGAUGCCCUGGGAGGCGGAGAUGACCCCGCCCCCCCACCGCCCAGGCCGAGGCCCAAGCCGGAUAGGGAGUCCCAGCCAUCAGGAGGGUGUACGCAAAUGUAUGCUAAUGAUCAUGCUAACGAGCACGAACCCCGCUAAUGACCGGGCGACUUCUCCAACACGGACCUGGAAGACGUUGCUGGGGACAGAGGUGGAGGCAAAGGAACCCGGGGAGAGGAGCCUGAGGCGGACCACCCCGCCCCCCAGGGCCUGGUCCCCGGCCUCAUCGGGGCCGCGGUGGCCGCGGUCGCAGGCGCCGUCUCCAGCUUCGUCGCCUACCAGAAGAAGAAGCUGUGCUUCCAGGAGCGCGGCUCCGCCCCCGUCUAGGGGGCCCCAAAGAUGACGACGUCAUCACCGAACUCCUACGCAGCCGCCGGUACCCUGUAGCCCAGGCUGGACUGGAGGAAAAGAAACGUAGCCCAGGCUCGAACCCAAGGCCCUCGCUCGCCGCUGCUGCCCUCAGCCAAAGCCCCGCCCCCAUCCAUCCGUCGGCCAAUCGCAGACACGGUCGCAGGGCUCGUUUGCAUACGCAAAUGAACGCCCCCGGAGCGGGGAGGGGGGAUUUUUUUUUUGUUCUUUUAUAGAUCUCCAAUUUUUUUUUUUUUCAUUUCCGACUUUUAUUUUAGUGGGGGGUUUGGGGGUGGAGGGGAAAAACUCGGGGAUUUGUUUUUAUUUUUAUUUAUUUUUAUAAAAAAAAAAUUGGUUUUUUUUUGCCCAAAAAAUUUUUGGCGGGAUUUCGGAUUGUUUUCACCCCCCCAAAAAAAAAAAAGAAAAAGAAAUAAAAUUAAUUUUUUAAGUUUUUAGUUAAUUUGAAAAUUUUGUUUUAUUUUUAUUUAUUUUUUUUUAACAAAAAUUUGUGGGUUUUUUUGCCCAAAAAUUCUUGGUGGAUUUCGGAUUGUUUUCACACCCCCCCCCCAAAAAAAAAUAAAUAAAAUUAAUUUUUUUAAAAUUUUAAUUAAUUUGGAAAUUUCUAUUUUUAGAUUUUUUUUUCUUAAGUUUUUUUUUUUUUUUUGGCGUCGUUAGCCCAGGCUGGACCCCAGGGCGCCUGCGACGUCACCGCCACCGUGCCAAGUGCCUUGACCCCCGCGUGACCCCCGGCGGUGCUGACGCCGCCUCUCGAACCCGGGACCUCACCCGGGCGCCAUCAUAAUAAACGCUGCUGCUGCUUGAACCCC